CACGACCAAAACGCGUUCCCGCCCCUCUUCUUUCUCGGUUGAAAACUCGUAUUCUUUUUCACAUACACGACGUCAACAGCAGUAACAACAACAACAACAUUGUUUGACUACAAAGCAUGCAACGAGAAUUCUCUAUUGAAGUAACGCAUGAGCCUGUAGCUGGAGAAACACCCAUUCGACGCUCCAUCUUGGCACCGUUUGAACUCAUGACAUCACCAGCAACUGGUGUCGACACACUUUACGAUGUCCUCCAAUACGCGGCUUCGUCGUACAAGCAUCGACAUGCAUUCGGCUACCGCAAAUUGGAACAGACGUUUGUUGAAGAAAAGGAGGUGCCUGGCAGCGAAAAGCCUAAGCAGUGGAAAUAUCACCAGUUCAGCAACUAUCAUUAUUACUCGUAUAUUGAAGCUGUGAACCUGACUCGAAUGCUCGGCGCCGGUCUGCGUAAACUCGGCAUGAAAAAAGGUGAUAAGCUCCACAUCUUUGCAUCAACGAGUGUCGAAUGGAUGCUAAUGACACACGGUGCAUUCACGCAAUCAAUUUCGAUCGUCACAGCAUACGAUACCCUUGGCCCCGAGGGCCUCAUGCAUUCGAUCAACGAGACUGGCUCCGCAGUAUGCUUCAUCAACGGUGAUCAACUUGAGGUCUUGGAAAAAAUCAUCGGUGAUUGCCCAAGUAUCACUCACAUUAUUUACCGCGACGUCGAAGUCAACAAAGAUGCCGUUGAGCGUUUACGAAACAUCCCACAAAUCCAUCACGUUAUUCCUUUUGAAGAAGUACGCAUCAUUGGCGAAGCCAAUCCUGUCGAACCUGUGAAGCCAACCAGCCAAGACAUAUCCUGCAUCAUGUACACCAGUGGCACGACCGGGAAUCCCAAGGGCGUCGUUCUCACCCAUGGAAAUAUUGUCGCUGCUAUCGCCGGUUGUUGCAAAAUGCUACAGCAUUUAGUGGAAGCCAAUGAUACCAUGAUGGCCUAUUUGCCGCUUGCUCAUGUGCUCGAGUUUCUUGUGGAGAACUUGUGCAUUUUCUUGGGUCUCACACUGGGAUAUGGUGGAGUGAAAACAUUGACGGAUGUCAGUGUACGAAAUUGCAGAGGUGAUUUAUUCACCUUUGCCCCCACUAUCAUGUGUGGUGUGCCGCAAGUGUGGGAAACUAUUCGUAAAACGGUGCUUGCCAAAAUUGCAGAACGAGGACCUCGCAUUGAGAAAAUAUUCAUGGGUGCAUUGACGAUGAAGGAUUAUUUAAAGAGCUAUGGAUUGCCUACAGGCGUGUUGGACAAGAUAGUGUUCAAGAAGGUCAAGGAGCAAUUAGGCGGCAAGCUGCGGUAUGGUCUCUCUGGUGGCGCUCCCUUGUCAGUGGAGACCCAACGAUUUUUGUCGCUAAGUUUGGCCCCAAUUAUUUGUGGGUAUGGCAUGACGGAAAGGUGUAGUAUGUGCGCUGUGAUGGCUCCAGAGCAGUUUGCGCUAGGUGAAGCUGGUGCUCCUGUCCCAUGCACCGAAGUAAAGCUCGUGGAUGUACCUGAACUCAAUUACUUUGCAUCCAACAACCAAGGCGAGAUCUUAAUUCGCGGACCAUCUGUUACAUCCGGCUAUUACAAACAAGAAGAGCUGACACGCGAAGCCCUUACCCCAGACGGCUGGUUGAUGACGGGUGAUAUUGGUCAGUGGAAUGCAGCAGGCACACUCAGCAUCAUUGACCGCAAAAAGAACCUUGUCAAGUUGAGCCAUGGCGAAUAUAUCGCUCUGGAAAAGGUGGAGAGUGUGUACAAGUCAUGCCCCCUCAUCGAAAAUUUAUGCGUGCAUGCCGACCCUUUAUACCCCCGACCGGUUGCACUGGUUGUCCCUCUUGAACACAAAUUACGUGAAUUUGCGGCUGCAAAUGGAAUCGAGAAUGAUGAUUACUCUGCAUUAUGUGCGGAUACUCGGUUGCGAAAACUGGUGCUAGGAUUAUUACAGGAGCAAGCCAAAAACAAUAAUCUCAAAGGCGCAGAGGUGGUACAGAAUGUAUGGAUUUGCAAGGAUCUAUGGACAUCCGACAUGGGUCUUUUGACGGCUGCGCAGAAACUCAAGCGGAAAGAAAUCACGGAAGCAUACUCAGAAAAGCUCAAGCAAAUGGUCUCCUCCCUAGUAAAGUAAUGUGGUUACUGCUACAUAGUCUUUUAAUAAGAACCAAUAAUCAACAAUUACUUUCG